CUCUCCCCUCGCCCCACCCUCUCUCUCUCCCCCUUCACGGAAACGACAGCUGCGGCGGCGGGACUGGCGCCGCCUCCCUCCACCUACCACGUCUGACCCCGCCACUCGCCCGGCGCCCCAGCCCGGCCGCGGCGCCUCAGCCUCCCCGCUAGGUCAGCCGGCAGCUCCGCCCGGCUUCCUCCCAGAAUGAACAUCAUGGACUUCAACGUGAAGAAGCUGGCGGCCGACGCGGGCACCUUCCUCAGUCGUGCAGUUCAGUUCACAGAAGAAAAGCUUGGCCAGGCAGAGAAGACAGAAUUGGAUGCUCACUUAGAGAACCUCCUUAGCAAAGCUGAAUGUACCAAAAUAUGGACAGAAAAAAUAAUGAAACAAACUGAAGUGUUAUUGCAGCCAAAUCCAAAUGCCAGGAUAGAAGAAUUUGUUUAUGAGAAACUGGAUAGAAAAGCUCCAAGUCGUAUAAACAACCCAGAACUUUUGGGACAAUAUAUGAUUGAUGCAGGGACUGAGUUUGGCCCUGGAACAGCUUAUGGUAAUGCCCUUAUUAAAUGUGGAGAAACACAAAAACGAAUUGGAACAGCAGACAGAGAGCUGAUUCAAACAUCAGCCUUAAAUUUUCUCACUCCUUUAAGAAACUUUAUAGAAGGAGAUUACAAAACAAUUGCUAAAGAAAGGAAACUAUUACAAAAUAAGAGACUGGAUUUGGAUGCUGCAAAAACCAGACUAAAAAAGGCAAAAGCUGCAGAAACUAGAGCAUCACAACUAAGCUCAGCACGCCUUGAAGGAGAUAACAUUAUGGUAAAUUUCUCUUACAUGCUCAACUUCCUGCAUGUAAAAUGGCUGAAGAUUUGGGCAGAGGAAGUGACAAAAUCUGAACAGGAAUUAAGAAUAACUCAAAGUGAAUUUGAUCGUCAAGCAGAGAUUACCAGACUUCUGCUAGAGGGAAUCAGCAGUACACAUGCCCAUCACCUCCGCUGUCUGAAUGACUUUGUAGAAGCCCAGAUGACUUACUACGCACAAUGUUACCAGUACAUGUUAGACCUCCAAAAGCAACUGGGAAGUUUUCCAUCCGUUUAUCAUUGUAACAACAACCAGACUUCUGUGGCACCUAUACCAUCUGCUUCAUCAAACGUGAUUGGUUCUUCUCCCUUGACUUCAACAAGUGGCCUAGUAAUCACCUCUCCUUCCAACCUCACUGACCUUAAGGAGUGCAGUGGCAGCAGGAAGGCCAGGGUUCUGUAUGAUUAUGAUGCUGCAAACAGUACUGAAUUAUCACUUCUGGCAGAUGAGGUAAUCACUGUUUUCAGUGUCGUUGGAAUGGAUUCAGACUGGCUAAUGGGGGAAAGGGGAAACCAGAAGGGCAGGGUGCCAAUUACCUACUUAGAACUGCUCAAUUAAAUACGUGGACUGUGAAAAGAACAAAGGAACAGAAUGAGAAUGGAGGAGCUGGUGUUGGGAGGACAUGCAGAAGAUAAAGGAUCACAGGACAAAAAUCAACAUCUUUGUCUACCCAGAGAGGCCUGGCUUACUUUCAUGCUUUGUUGACAGUAUUCCUUAAAAAUAUCUUCCCUAGCUCCCAAACACCUGAAAGUUUGAAAUAUGUUGCCCUAGUAUGUGGCACUUCAAGUCUGGGUGAGAAGCCAUAAUAAUAGAUAGGAGACUUUGCAAUUUGACCUACAGCCAGCUUUGCUUCAACCCCUUCUCCAGAUGAUUAAGUGGCUCUUACCUCAUGGUGAGACUCAAAUGGGGGUCUGUCUGGUGGUUGUCCACAGCAGAACUGCCCUUUCUCCCACAUUAUCCUAACGAGAAAGUCAGCUCAGCAGGGCAGUGGUUCUCAGUGUGGGACCCCCAAGACAGGCAAUGUCAGCAUCACGUAGGAACUUGUUAAAAAUGUUAAUUCGUAUCUCCAAGUACCUUUUUUUUUGUACCUAUUUGUUGUCUUCAAGGGGCUAUAAAACUAGUCUUAGUUCUUCCAUGUAACAUUUUUUAAAAUAUUUCAAGACAAAAACUAAAUUCUGAUCCUCUUUACUGUGUUCUAGCACUAAUCAUAAUUAUAUAGUUACUUUUAAUAAUUUAUUUGUUUAGUAUGUAUCUGUCACUCUAGAGUGUAGGCUCCCUGAGAUUGAGACUAUUAAUUCUUUUGAUCACAGUUAAAUUCCCAACUCUUAGCAGGAGACCUAGCAUAUAGUAUGUACUCAAUAUUUGUCAAAGAAAGAAAGAAUGCAAUUCUUAAGUCUUAUCCAAGCUCUACUGAAUCAAACUCUGGGGGUAGGGCCCAGCAUUCUGUUUUUACAAGCCAUUUAGGUGAUUGUUACACUCUCAAGUUUGAGACCCACUUCAGUAGAAUAAAGAAAUCGUGCCUUUUACCUUCAGACGUGCUAUCUGACAUCGCUUGAAAAUUCUCCCUCCCUUCUGUAUACCAACAACACUUCUCUCAAGUGUAGAGGAACGUUGCUGGGCUGUAUUACAAGUGGGUGUGAAGGUAUAAGGUAUGCUUAGUGUAAGAAAGGGAAAUAUUGCUUGGAAUGCCAGUACUUGGUUGCUAUGGAGGGUUUCUAGGGAUGGAUCCCUUAGUCUGAAGAAGGGUAAGCACUACUACCACCCACAUUUCCACUCAGCACAGUCACAAUUUGACAUCAAAGCUCCCUGACAAACCAUUAAAGUUAUAUCAGACUAACGUGUACACCCCGGUGCUCAGGUUGCUAACUCCACUCUCCCUACUUCAAAGGAGACUUUUUAAGAAUUGUUAAUGCUUUUUUUUAAUACUACAAGUCAUAGAUGCAUUAAAAAAGGGAAAAAAAGAGUAUAUAGUUUAAAGAUAAAAAUCACCUAUAAUUCCACCAUCCAGGGAGAGCUACUGUUACUUAGGUGCAUAGACUUCCAGAUUCGUCUGUGCUUUUAUAGAUUGUUUUAAGUGGGAUCAAGUUGUACAUACUGUUUUGUAACUUUUUCACUUGACAAUACCAUGACUAUCCUGCCAUGUCAAAAAUGUUUCUAUAUCUUUUUUAAUGGCUGCAUGGUAUUUCAUCUUAUGUGCCACAUUUUAUUAAACUACUGUUUUCAGGUUUCCAAUUUUUCGCUAAUAAACUGCUUAAAAGAA